ACAAAAGAUUUUUGCAGACAAAACCUCUUCGCCUGAUCAACAUUCCCACCAGACAUAAUUUGAGAUUCAUGAGUAGUUCCGAGAGACAUCCGUGCGAUUUCUGCGGGGAGCGAGCGGCGGUUCUGUUCUGUAGAGCCGACACUGCGAAGCUCUGUCUACCCUGUGACCAGCACGUGCACGCCGCGAAUCUCCUCUCUAAAAAGCACGUGCGGUCUCAGAUCUGUGAUAAUUGCGGCAACGAGCCAGUCUCCGUGCGGUGCUUCACCGACAACCUCGUCUUGUGUCAGGACUGUGAUUGGGAUGUCCACGGGAGCUCCUCCGUCUCCGACGCUCACGUACGCUCCUCCGUGGAAGGGUUCUCCGGUUGUCCGUCGGCGUUGGAGCUCGCCGCGUUGUUGGGAGUCGAUCUUGGAGGAGGAGGAGGGAGGAAAGAAGAGAACGAAGGGUCGAUGACGAUGAUGAUGACGAUGGGGAUGGAGAGUUUUGGGAUGGAGUUGGAUUCGUGGGUUUCUGGAUCUAACGUUUUGCAGGAGCUUGUUGUGCCUGUGCCCAAGGAAACGACGGCGUUUAAGAAGCGUGGCUGUGGCUGUGGGAGGUUUAAGGAGUUGUUGUGUAAACAGCUUGAGGAGUUGCUCAAGAAUGGUGAUGGAGAUGGAGAAGGAGAAGGAAGGGAAGGGCUUAUGGUUCCGGAGAUGAGGGCAAGGGAUGCAGAGGAGAUUAAUAGCGGUGGAGAAGUUAUCCAGCAGCCUCAGACGACGUCGUUUACAUCUUUGCUGUGGAAUGCUGAUAAUCCUAGUAGUGCUAGUGGUGGUAGCAGGAGUACUCAGAUAUGGGAUUUUAACUUGGGACAGUCAAGAGACACUAGGGAAGAUGGAUAUGCAACAAAAGAUGCUAAAUCAUUCACAAUCAACAGCUUUGUUGACCUCAUGAAUGAUACUUGUUCCACUAAACCCAAAGGUGGUGUUAAACAGAUUUGCCAGGAUGACUACUAUGGAUCAAAUUCAGGACAGGUACCAGCAACAGCUGAGAGCAACAAUCUUCCAAUUACCUUUAGCUCUGAGAAAGGGUCAAACUCCUCCAGUGAGUUACGUUUCACUGAAAAAAAUGAGGGAGCUAGCUGUAAGACCACGAGAGUACUGGCAACUAAGGCUGAUUUGGAGCAGCUCGCUCAGAACAGAGACAAUGCAAUGCAGCGUUACAAGGAAAAGAGGAAAACUCGGAGGUAUGAUAAGACUAUAAGAUAUGAGUCGAGGAAGGCAACAGCUGAUACAAGGUUGCGUGUCAAAGGCAGAUUUGUGAAAGCUAGUGAAGCUCCUUAUCCUUAAAAGGUCUUUCGUUUAGAUAGCUCUCCUACAAGAUUAUAAAAUUAGGAACGUUUUUUUGUUUACUUCCCAUCUCGGACAUGUAUAUAGAUGGGUCUUGUUUCGUUUGGCCACCCUUGUUUUUUUGUGUGUCGUAUAUGGCCCCUUUUAUGUACCCAUGGAAACUUGUCUAGUUUAAAAAGGAUUGUCUGGAACUUAGUAGGUAGAAACAAAUGAUUAUGAUAAUUGUUUUAUGGUCAAUCUGAAUUCUCACCACCGAGUUAUAUAUCAUAUGCCUU